ACCACGGCCGUCCGGCAGUAUUGAGCAAGCCCUCCCCUUCCCCGACGGGACGUUCCAGCUCGUACGAAUGGCGAUUCUAGCCCUUUGCAUCCCGCACGAGCAAUGAGAGCUCGUGCUGGACCAAGUCUGGCGGGUGCUGAGUGUUGAGGGAUGACUCAUUUUCAUCGACGACCAUAUCCUCUUCCCGUAUGGCCAUCCAGCGAUCCUCACCACCCGGCCACUGCAUCUAGACACAAACAUUCCCUCCACGGCGUUCUCGCGCACGAGCUGGGGAAUGUGAUGGGAAGACAAGGCAACGACGGGGACAGCAAACCCUACAGCAUGGAAGAGGAGAGCUCUGAUACAGAAACCAUUCGCAUGUCCCCGUGGAAGGCGCUUGGGAUAACCAGACCGCCGGCGCACGAAAGUUUGAGGACCUCUUCGAGAGCACGAUUAACCUCAAGUUCGGAAUCCACCUCCGACCGAGCGAGUUCGUGGUCGAGAAGUCAGUGUGCGCCUUCAGUGGCGUGAAGGAGGUCACACUCAUGCAUUUGACCGUGGCCCUCGUGGCUGACGAGCACGACUCUGACGACGCGUUGGCCAAUUCGCCGGGGCCAACCCUCUGGCCGUCCACAUUCAUCCCCUCGAAACCUGGAGAAUUGGAGAUCCACGCGUCUGAAUACCAGCGGGUGCUGCUUUCAUGCAAGGCGGGGCUGAUCGACGAAUCGGCAGAAAUCCUAGACAUCAGCGAAGGGGGCACACAAAGCGAGGCCGCGAAAAAGGCGCUGUGGGACUAUCAAAAACAGCUUCCUCCACGACCGCGUCAACCCACCACCACAGCUGCCUACACUGCCCAAAUUCAUCGCCUUCAACGACACGGCCAGUGUGCGGGACUCGGGGUGGUCCGUCGCGAGCGGUGCAUCGGACGCCAUGCUUGUGUACCAAAGCGAACUGAACUCGCGCUAUGAGCUGGCCUCCCAGUCGUCGUCGUCCAUCUCCUUGCGGUCGUCAGCAGGAGAUCUCCCGCGCAUGAAGUCGAUGAAGGGGUCCCUAGACGUGGAUUCGGUAAACUCGAAGUCGCGGGCGAAGAGAGGCUGCGCAUCAAAUCCGGCCCGGGACCGUAUGUAAAUUCCCAGAACUCAUCCGUAUUUACUUGCGCUCUCCCGUCUUGUUCAUGGAGGCUGCGCUGCCGCUAGAAUUGAUCGAGCUCAUCCUCGCAUACGUCGAUGACUCGGGCCCGUCUCUGAACGCACUUGCUUCGUCUGCCCGGUCUUUCUGAGCCACUGUCUGCCAGCCCCGGAUCUUCCAUGGGCUAGUCGUCCAAGACACUGCUUCUGGCUUUCGCGACGACUUCACCCGCCUGGCCUUGCUUCUUGAGGUGUCCCCGAGGAUCUCCUUUUGUGAGGGGAGCCUGAAGGCGCCGCUCCCCAAAGGCACAUCCAAAACACAUGUCUUCUACAACGUCGUGCGCGCGCUGAGGGAGGCUGGCUCGGUCACACGGUGUGUCGUAACGACUAGAGGGGACUCGACUGGUCGUGCCUGCCGCGCGCGGUGCGGGAUGAGAUUUCAGAACCGGACGCGGGCUCGCCUGCGUACACUCAACGUCUUUUGCGGCAUCACCAGGCCGCGCAGCUUUUUGCGCUCUCCUCUCAAUUCCGAUCGCACACCCUCAACAAGUCAGCUCAACAAUCGACUUUCGGCGACCGGAUCAGCGAACGAAACCGGGGAAAUCGAUCCGAGGGAGGUGGUGCAGCAGAGUCGGAUGGGUGGAUGGGGGCUAGGUCCACCAGUGCUUUUCCUAAAGCCUGCCUCUCACCGUCCGCUCACACUACAUGCUGCACCGCAUACUGAUCAGAACGUCUCGAGCAUGCACUUUUCAUGCGCCCGAACUCGAACGUGCAACCUUAGCUACGAGUGACCGGCAGAGCUCCAUUCCAUUCUAUGAUAGUGGUUCCGUGGGAACAGAGAGGGGCUCGGAAUUCGGAUGGAGGGGGGUGGAGCGCUGGAAUAAUGCGGAUGAGGAGGUCUAUAGGUGAGUUCUUUUCUCCCCCCGACCUUCCACUGUCUGCAAACUCGACAUCCUGCCCUGUGUACCGCUGAAAUCAGACGCGACGGAUUGUCAUUUCGACAUCAUGCGCCAACCCGCUCACAUCUCACGACACACCGAAGCGCACUGUAUUCAUUCGGACGUCACCAGGAUGUGCAGGAAGGGGGUAGAGUUUCGGGGCCGAUCUCGGGAUCACACACGGCACUACGAGCUCGCUCAACCGCACCACGCAGCAUGGGGCAGUCCGCCCAUUACCCUCCUUUGACACUCACUAGGAUGAGUCUCUUGUACCCCGAAAUCGGACGCUCUGUGUCACCUCACGCAACACCUCGCGGUUUUUGUUGUAUCGCAAACGGCGCAGCGGUCCGCUCUUCCAUCUGCCUUGUACCCAUUGCACAGCUCGAAUAGCAACGCCCAGCGCUCAAAAACGCAACGUGAAAAUGUAUUGGGGAGAUCGGAAGGCAGAAGACAUGGAUGAAGAAGGGGUGGAGCGCUCUGAGAACUCGGAUGGGAGAGCAGUUCGCAGUUGUCGUGGGCCUUGGGAUCGGACGCGCGACCGCGCAUCGACAAUCACCUCUCUGCAAGCUAAAAACGAUUGGGAAACUCCCUCAGGACACCCAGGACACCUCGAGGGAUGUCUCGUGGUGGUGGAGAGCAGUGAAUUAGAUGGGUUACAACAUCACGAAAGGUUAGGGUUGGGCACAUCUUCCUACGCGCCGACCACGAUGGAGAAAGACCACUUUACGUUCACCGUGGGGAAAUUAGAUGCAGGCAUGGCUAUCCUUCUCGGCGAACGCGCCCACCUGAUCGAGUUCCCCUCCGUCCUACUUCCUCCCGGUGCGACCACUGGAUCCAUCGUCAACAUCUCCGUCCUACAGAACCACGCCGAAGAGAAGAGGAGAGACGCCGCGUUUUGGGCGCUGCAGGAUGAGAUACUCGACGAGUUUGGAGUGCGUACGCCUGAGCCACCGAAACUCCAGCUGCGCAAUGUGACACAGACGUCCGUGACCCUUGAGUGGCCCCCCAUCGAGCUGGCCACGGCCAAAUUGCGAUCGUUGGACCUCUACCGCAACGGGCAGCGCCUCGCACCGAUCCCUAACCCGGCAACCAACACCUCCAGCAAGAUCUCGGGACUCGAGCUCGACACCGAGUACACGUUCCAGCUCAUCCUGCGCACGACCGCGGGGACGUUCCCCUCGGAGUUGCUUCGCGUGCACACGCACACCAUGACCGACACCUCCGGUGUGCGUGUAUGUUUCGGGACCGUCGAGGACGCAGGGCUCGUCGAGCAGGCGAAAGAAGCCCUGGAGCGCAUCGGCGCACGGUGGAGCGAGAAGAUUGAGAUUGACACGACGCACUUCGUGUGCACCACACCCAAUACGCAUACACCAACCGGCGUGCCUGAGGUUGAGUAUCAGCGCGCUGUGCAGCUGAGUAUACCCAUCGUCCAGCCGCAUUGGAUCUUCGCGUGCCAGUCUGAGCGUCGAUUAGUUCCUAUCGCGCUGUUCGGACUGGGAGCAACACCGCCUAACGCGCUACCCUCUCGGCGCCCACAGUCCAUGUCUGCUGCAUCUCCCACCCAACGCUCACCCGCCAGCGCAGCUGCUGUGCGACAGUCAAUGCCACCGACCGUCUCGCCCAUUGGCCAGCCUGCAACCUUUGUAGGGCAGUCGGUUAGCAAUAUCCCACCACCAACCGUGCCGGUCGUCACUGUUGAAGAAGCACAUUCGGAGGAUGAAGAAUCUGAUGUGGCUGAGCUGGAGGCAAAACGGCUCGCCUUGAUGGAGAAGCGGGGAAGCAAGACCGGGACGAUGAACAUGCAGUUUAAAUUUCCGCCUACGUCUCCGACAAGUCCUGGCCCUGGGGAUUCCGAUGCCGCGGAUGCGGCCGUUGAGCCAGAGAGUAUUGAGGUUCCGCCGCCGCCGGUCGUGGAGAAAGAGACAAUAUCUGCUGGUGUGAGGAGUGAGGGUGACGUCGAUGAUGAUCUGGGCGAGACGGAGGACAUCCCGUUGUAGUCAGUAACCUCUCUGAUCCCUUUACUUUCUCCUUCAGCCUUGGCGCUACUCUGAUCAUCACGCAUGUACUUUUCGUCUGGUGAUUGUGCUUCCCAGGGGAUGAUUCGGAGGACACGUCACGGCUUCUGCUGUCCGCCAUCUCGAAAUAUUGCACCGCGAGGGGCGUUCAUCGUGCAUCUCGGAACCGGACGCGGGCCUGCCUCGUGUACACUCAGCGCCGACUGUAGCAUCACCAUGCUGCGCAGCUCCAUCACGACUAUUGACGCUUUCUUUUGACGCUCACGAUGACGACGUACACCCCACAAUGUCCUCUGCCAUCCUCAAUCUCAAAUUCAAGUGUUGAUGGGGUCGGGUCUUGUACUAGACCUAGACCCCGGGGUCUUGGGUCGGGUCUUGGUCGGGUCUACCCGUUGACAAUUUUUGGCAAGGUCUACUGGGGUCUUGUCCCAAUUGGGCAGCUUCGUCAUGGAAGAAUCAUUUUUGCUCAUGCCCAGCAAUGUGCAAGUCAAAACCACUCAUGUUGCUAGGGACACCUGGGACUCAUCGUAGAGUUGAGGGCUGGUCCUGGGCCACCUUUGAAAAAGGCCCCAUGUUCAAGACAAACAAGAUGAAAUGCGAGGCGCGCUGCCUUGGGGAGCUUGUGUAAGCUCAAGCAGGCUGCACUAUGUGCAGAGCAUGAGAAAAACAUUAUUGUGGAAAGGUUUUCUCUGAAAUGUGGAGACUAGUUAGUGUUUGAAUAUCAUCAAGUUUGUCCUAAUUAAGAAAUGAUCCAAACAUGUACACACUAGCUAGACCUCACUAGACCCGAGGUCUUGGUCGGGUCUACACAGUGUUGGAAGACCCAAGACCCUGGACCUUGGGUCUAGACCCCGGGUCUUGUCAACACUGACUCACUUUGCCGCUCUCCACUCGCCCCCAACGACUCCAGCAACGUCCACGAAACCGUCCGCCUCCUACCUCUCGCCUUCCUUUCCCCUCUGGUUCUUCUUGGCCUGG